CAGCAGAGGAGCGGACCCCAAGCGGGUUGUUGAACAAAUGCAGUGUCAACUGGUCAGCCUCGUAAUCAGGCAACCAAACACGCCCUCCAAAUCUUCCCUAGGAUUUCAUGUUUUCCGAUGUCAAAAAACAUCAAAUUAAGGUUCUUCUAGCUUACCUAGGCCUUAACCUCACUCGAUCUCUGCUUUUUCAAGGCCAUGGGCAACACAUCUUCGAUGCUUACUCAAUACGACAUUGAAGAAGUUCAAGAACACUGCAAUCACACCUUUUCACAGCAGGAGAUAGUUGCUCUGUAUCAGAGGUUCUGUCAGCUGGAUCGCAAUGGGGGUGGCUUCAUCUCUUCCGAAGAGUUCAUGUCUGUGCCCGAAUUUGCCGUCAAUCCUCUCUCUCAGAGAUUGCAGAGGAUGCUGGAUGGGUUGAAUUUUAAGGAGUUUGUGGCAUUCUUGUCUGCAUUCAGUUCCCGAGCAAGCUUGCAGCAUAAAGUGGAAUUCAUUUUUAAGGUUUAUGAUUCUGAUGGCAAUGGGAAGGUUGCAUUCAAUGACUUGUUGGAUAUUCUGCGAGACCUGACUGGACAUUUUAUAUCUGAGCCACAAAGGGAGCGAGUCCUGACCCAUGUUCUUGAGGAAGCAGGCUACUCAAAGGAUUCUUUGCUAGGUUUAUCUGACUUUAUGAAGAUACUUGGCAACUCUGGCUUGAAGAUGGAAGUUGAGGUUCCGGUAGAUUAGAUACUGGUGAUGGGUUGGAAGUUACAAUUUUAAGAUUGGGAUUUUGGUUUUCUGUAUCAUUUUCACCUUGAAACAAAGUGACUUUGGCACUAUUAGCAACAAAUUGUUCUGCAAAAUUGUUAUUAUUCAAUGGUCGAAUGCAUUUACAGUUUCAUGGUUAAUCACUUCUCGGGUCUUGGUAACUAAGACAGAUACUCACUUGCAGUCAGUAAUACUUUUAAUUGUGGCCACCAUUCCAGGUUCAGGUGCUUUUUGAUUCAUUUUGCAUAUUAUAGGUCACUGUAAUCUCCAUGUGAUGGUGUAGUUUCUUGAGGGCUCUUGCAAGU